AUGCAGGGAGGGGGAGGGGAAAGGGAACGCCAGGAGCGGGAGUCAGGAGGGGAAAGGGAACGGCAGGAGCGGGAGGGCGGGAUGGGGACGUCGGCCAUCAAGCAGCUGCCUCCUUUGCUGACCAUGCUCGUGGUUGGCUUUGCCCUGGGCAACUUGCCCUUCUUGGGCGAGCAUGUGGGCCAGAAGGUGGAUGCGAACUGGUCGGCAGCCAUCAGGCAGUCUGCUCUCGUCCUGAUCCUCCUACGUGCUGGCAUGGCCCUGGACAUGAACGCCUUGCAGCGGCUUCGCUUCGUGGUCCCACGUUUGGCAGCUGCACCCUGUCUGGCGGAGGCGGCCACGGCAGCAGCCUUGGCGUCGGCGUUGCUGGACUUCCCAGUGCUUUGGGCCGCGAUGUUGGGCUUCGUGGUGGCAGCCAUCUCUCCUGCUGUGGUGGUGCCCUCGCUUCUGUCUCUGCAGGAGCAGGGGUAUGGCGUCAGCACUGGAAUUCCCAGCCUGGUGGUCGCUUCUGCGCCGCUGGACGACGUCCUCUCGAUCGCAGGUUUUGGCAUUUGCCUCGGCUUAUCUCUCACCGAAGAAGCGCCCAUCAUGAGCGCUCUCAGGGCUCCGCUGGAGAUCGUCUUGGGCCUGAGCUCUGGAAUGUUCGGCGCCGCUUUGCUGGUGGUGCUGAUGCCCGCUAGCAAGGACAAAGCGCCUGCUGGCGGCCCUGGACGUGAGGAGCGCCUGUUAUCACUGCUGGGCUUGGCGUUGACCUCUGCCUUCGGCCUGGGCCAGGCCGGCUUCUCAGGUGCUGCUGCACUGGCAGUUCUGGCCCUCGGAGCUGGCGUGGCGCGAGGAUGGGAAGAGGAAGCCAAGCCCGUCGCAGCCGUGGUCACCGAAUUGUGGACCAGGUUAGCACAGCCGCUGCUCUUCAGUCUGGUGGGAGCAUCGGUGGAUGUCCGAACCCUGGAGUCCAACAUCCUGGGAAGCGGCCUUGCCAUCUUGCUAGGUGGCGGCGCCGUACGCUUUGCGGCUGCAGCUGCAGCGACCUCCGGCCGUAACCUCCGCUGCGAGGAGAAGCUGUUCACUGCCAUUGCCUGGAUGCCCAAGGCGGCCCUGUUGCAGUGA